AGUGUUAUGUGCCGUUGAUUGUGUAAUGAGGUUGUUUACAGGUGAUUCUAACCAUCGUAUUCAUAAUCGUACAUUUGAGAAAAACAUAUAUGACAUUAGUCAUAAGAUCGUGUAGAUCUUUUACGAUUGAGUUCCGAAAAUGAGGAUCGCUGUGGAGGGUUGCGCUCAUGGCGAACUGGACAUUAUUUACGAGACUAUACAAGAAAUAGAAAAAAUCGAUGGGAGGAAGAUAGAUCUGCUUAUUUGCUGCGGCGAUUUUCAAGCUACCAGAAAUUUAAAUGAUCUAAAAUGUAUGGCAAUAUCGGACAAGUACAAGGAUAUGUGUACAUUUUAUAAAUAUUAUUCUGGUGAAAAGAAAGCUCCUAUAUUAACCAUUUUUAUUGGAGGCAAUCAUGAAGCAUCAAAUUAUCUGCAGGAAUUGCCAUAUGGAGGAUGGGUUGCACCUAAUAUUUAUUAUCUUGGAUAUGCAGGUGUGGUACAAGUAGCUGGAAUCAGAAUUGCAGGACUUUCGGGUAUAUACAAGAGUCGACAUUGGAUGCAGGGACAUUAUGAGAAGCCUCCCUAUACUGAUAGUACUAUACGAAGUGUUUAUCAUAUCAGGAAUAUAGAAGUGUUUAGACUAAAACAACUUUCUGGCAAAAUUGAUAUUUUUUUAUCACAUGAUUGGCCAGCAGGAGUAACAAAAUAUGGAGAUGAAGAUAUAUUACUGAAACAAAAACCAUUUUUUAAGGAUGACAUAGAAAGCAAUACGCUUGGCAGUCCUCCAUGUAUGGAAUUGCUAGAACGUCUUUAUCCGUCCUACUGGUUUUCCGCGCAUUUGCAUUGCAAAUUCGCAGCACUUGUUCCUGAGAAGGGAGGCGCACGAGUGACAAAAUUUUUAGCGCUGGAUAAAUGUCUGCCGAAACGGAAAUUCCUUCAAGUGCUGGAAGUGCGUUCGCAGGAAGAUGGUCCAAUACAAUUGAACUACGAUCUAGAAUGGUUGACAAUACUUCAUCUGACAAAUCAUCUACUAAGCAUCAAGAGCAGUAUCCAUUAUAUGCCUGGUCAGUAUGGCGGCGGCAGAUGGACGUACACACCCACGGCAAAAGAGAAACAGACUGUGUAUGAGAAGUUUGGUUCCAAUCUGCGAAUUCCUCUCAACUUCACUCGAACCGUCAAACCAUAUGACCCGUGUGACACGAAUACUCGGAUCGAAUGGCCACGAUUGCUGAUAAACGAUCAGACUACCCGAUUCUGCAGGAUGCUAGGUAUCGAUGAUCCUUCUGCUCUACUACAAAUUAUCACAAACACUAUGAUGGAUAACAGUAGAUCGAGCGAAUUGUCGGAGACAUCCGGCGAGUACAUGCCAGAAUCCAUGGAUAUCUCAUUUGACGAGGAAAGCGUAUUCAGUUCCACGUUCGAGGAGAAUUCAACACACAAGUAUUUCGUUGACAACUCACCGACGAAUUUUUCUUCUAAGAGUGAUGGCGAUGAUUCGGAUAAUGGGGAUACGAGUAAAAGCACCUUGGACGGAACAGUUAAUAGCUCGAAUACAGAAACCACAGAAAUUGCAGAUUCUGCUUCGAUGGAUGACAGUAGCGAACAAACUGGUUGUGUCCAAACCGAGCCGAACUGCAAAAAGUUUAAACCGCGAAAAAUGGACAAAUUAACUAUCAUCUCGGUGAUACUCUUUUUUCUCGCGGAUAUCUCCGCCAUAAUCAGCAUCUCCAUGCCAGACUGGAUCAUUACUGACGUCGGCGGUGACACAAGAUUAGGUCUCAUGUGGUCAUGUAUGACUUUGUACAACAGACCGCAAGUCUGUUUUAAAUCGCAGCUGGAGUCGGAAUGGAUGAUAGCACUGGUCUGCAUAUUUAUUGGUUGCAUUCUGAUCACAGCAACUGUAAUAUUAUUAAUACUUUCGCAUUGGGACCGUACCGUCAUUCCAUUUGCACGCUGGGUAGGAUUCAGUGCCAUGAUACUGUUUUGUAACGCAGCAGUUAUAUUUCCAAUGGGAUUUCAUAUUAAUGAGAUUGGCGGGCAACCAUAUCAGUUGCCUAAUUCACAUCAAGUUGGAAUUGCUUACAUCUUGUUUGUUCUGGCUCUAUGGAUCACAGUAAUCUCCGAGCUUUUUGCAGGCAAAGUUUGUCUACCACAUUUUUAGCAUUGUUCCAUAGCAGAAAUACUUGUUAAUUAUCUUCUAUUGACAUUUACAUUAAUAUUAUUCAGUAUCGUUUAUAUUCAUGAUACAUAGAACCUUUAUCAUCUUACAAUUUUAUAAAACUUUAAUGGAGGUUGUAUUAAACUCUACUAUAUUAAGUAGACUAAAAUACUGUAAGGAUUAAUUAUAGCAAUUAGUUUUUAAUAUUUAAGUCUUUUGUAAAAUAAGAGCUGU